AAAUAAGAUAUAAGAAAUGAGAGAUAAGAAAUGAGAAAUAAGAAAUAAGAAAUAAGAAAUAAGAAAUAAGAAAUAAGAAAUAAGAAAUAAGAAAUAAGGAAUAAGGAAUAAGAAAUAAGAAAUAAGAAAUAAGAAAUAAAAAAUAAGAAAUAAGAAAUAAGAAAUAAAAAACAAGAAAUAGGAAAUAGGAAAUAGGAAAUAAGAAAUCAGAAAUGAGUAACAUGAUAUGCGAACAAUUCCCACAUGGAGAAUGAGAAAUGAGAAUUGAGACCGGAGUAACGGUAAUUGGAAGAGAAACGAGACAUUGUGUAGGUGAAAUGGAAAAGCGAAUUUGGAACGGCAAAUAUCAAGAGGAAAAAGGAAAUAGGAAUGUGGUAAGAGAAAUGGAAAAAGGAAUUGGAAAAAAAUGGCAAAGUGAAAUAAGUUAGGGUAGUGGGAUAGAAAAAGGGGAAGAAUGAUAGAGAUAGGAAAAUGGGAAAGCGAAAAGGAAAAUAAACAAUAGAAAAAAAAAAUGGGAAAAGGAAGGGUGAAUCAGGAACGGUAAUCUGUUAAAAGGAGAGCUGAAAACGAUGUAUGAGCAAAUGGAAAAAAAUGAAGGUAUUCAAAUCGAAAAUAGAAUACAAAAACAGAAAAACAAUUAUCAUAAAAAAAUAAAAUUGGGAAAUGACACAAAAUUGAAAAACUGGUAAACAAAAUUGACAUCCAAGGGAUCUAGAUCAAUAAAUUUCUCGUUUCCAAAGCUAUGAUGUCUAAACUGCAUCCCUGGAGGGAAUUGAAAAAACCUAAAUCCAACUCUUCCGCAUCUAUAUUGAACGCUAACGAUAUUUUAAUGCCGGUAACGAACUUUGAAUUGCACUUGAUGUGUGUACAAACUUGAAACGUUAAACAAAAUGUAGUCCAACAACACCUUUGUAGCCCGUGUGUGUGACAAAAUGCACAACAUCUUUGCGGCAAGUUAGUGUGCCAAAAUAAAAGUUAACGCGGUGCAAAAGUAGCCACCAUCGCACCAGAAAAUGUCCAAUAUAUGUUUGCGCGAUGAUAAAAAUAGCAACUUCGCCUUACCCAAAUAAUCUACGACAGCAGCAAGCAGCGGCAACAGCAGCAACAAAAUUAACGACGGGAAAAUGUUGUCGAGAAAAUAGACUUUUCACUUUUGCCUGAAUGGUGUGCGGUGAUCUAUUUCGUACUCUUUCGGUCAUCUCGUUCAUUCGGUGCCCUGAGGGUGGGAGUAUCCGCCUCAGUCUGGCAGCACCGGUCGUACGCGUCUAGUGUAAAAUUGUGUUUCCAAAUCGUGUGACAGUUUUCCAUCCUUAGCCAGAAUCAUUUCCUGAGUUUUGGAAUUUCACUUUCACCCAUCAUCGGCGGCGAUCGCGUCAUCCCGCGAACUGUGAUUUCAUGCCGUGAUCGUCACCGAUCGGAUUUUAAUGGUGUGUAGUUUUAUUGAAAGAAAUAUUAUAUUUAGCCGAGUGUGGGAUGAUGCUGGCGGUGACGACGGAGUGUUAAUUGCCGAAGGGGUUCCUUUUGCACGAUGGGAGGAAAAUUCUGAUUGCGAGAAACCAUCAAGUGGUAGUGAUAUUGCUUAGUUGGAGAGAAUAUUCCAGAUGAUUACGUAUGUUUUGUUUGUGAUUAUGAAUGGAUUUUGAGACAUUGUUUUGGUGGGGUGUAUUGUGAAUAUCUAGGAGGAGAUCGAACGAACGAAUAUAUCGACGCAUAUUCUUUCAAGGAAAACUUAUUUAUUUGGUUGAAAAACGCGGAAAUCAUCUAGAAGAAUCAUGAGUUAAUUCGUCUGAAACGACUGCCGAAAAGCUGCUUAAAUAAUAAUUUAGUUCAUAACACGCGUUAAUACUAAUUUUUCUGCUAAGAUCAACACUUCCACACAUCAAUGCAAGAUGGCACUGGUAAUGUUGCCAUGCGAUUUACCAUGGUGGUCCAAUGUCCAGAAGAAGCUGACUCAGAUAGAAGGGUCGACCUCACUAGAGGUGAUUCUCGAAGUAAUGCAGAAGUUGCACGAGUUGUGCAACGUUAGUCUCGAUCCGGAUGACGACGGCAAGGAUAAUGCAGUCUUCGAAGGACUGCGUCACUUCGUGGAGCAAACGUUAACCGAGGAGGAGCGGACCCAUUUUCUGCAACAUACCGUCAAGCACAUCGCUCGGUACGCAAGGGAUCUCAAACUGUACCGUCCACCACGGGGGCUUAGCUUUAGCCUCCAGCAGCAACCGGACAGCUACGAGUUGGGGUACCGGCUGGUGGCGUCCCUGCUAGCGAACGCUUUCUUCUCCACAUUUCCAAAACGUACCGAGAAAACUCAUCCAACGUUACAAGACUUCAAUUUUACUUAUUUUUUUAAAGGUUUAGUAGAUAAUAAUAUACAGAAAGCGAAGUUCCGAAGUUUUCUGAACUAUUUCGACUCGCUGGUGACUAAUCCAUCGAUGCUGGAUGGAACGCUCAAGGUAAGCCGGAAGGUUUUGACCGGAAAACAAUGGUUGACGAUCGAGGAUUGGCUGGAAUGCGGAUUACCGUUGUGCGACGUAGAAAUUAAACAUGAAGGGCGACUGGAUAAGGCAAGCUCGGACACUAUGCAGGCCGUGUUCGCGAAUGCCCGCCUGGGCGGUAGUGUGUUAAGUGACGGCGAUACUCAGGAGUCGGUGCAAUUCUUUACCUUUCCAGAAAUGUUGGCUGUGUUGUUGUACGUAGAAGCGUUGGAAGAUAACGAAUCGCUGCAGGUUGAGAACGCACAUCAUAUAGCUCGAAUAAUAGAACCUCGGGGAAGGGCGUUGUACGAACGGAUCGAACAGCCCAAGAAAACCUCUCUGUGUUGUAUCGAUGCAGAGAACUACCGAGCAGUUCCUUCGCAGCAGUUCGAAGAAGACGAUAUCCUGCGUGAAUUGAAUAAGUGCCUUUUAGCGUUUAGACAGAAUACUACCUGUCCAGUGGUGGAAGUGAAACCGAGCGAGAAGCAGCGACCCACGCGGUUGGAUCAACUGGAAACCAAUUCUAGUAAAGGUCGCCUUUCGCCGAUCGGAGAGCGUGAUCGAGAAGGUUCGACGCCCGGAUCUCCGGACGUUUUUACCACCAUUUUUAUUCGACAACCUACCCCAAACUCCAAACGUUCCAGUAGUGAUUCGAACAAGCUGGAGAAAGACAUCAAUAAAAGACGAUCCUGGCUGUCGCCCGAACGACCAGUAGGAAACGGGUCGUCUAUAAAUUCUUCUACCGGAUCUACCAGUGGAGUUCUGACGAGUGGUAAGCAUCGUGGAAAGUUCAUAAUACUGGGUUCAUCUGGUGAGUGUCUACCGGUGAACAGGCACCCAUUGCAAGUAACAACUCGAACAGAUUCGUUCUCCAGCUGCGAAUCUAGCAACGAUGAAUUUCACAGCGCUCGGGGAAGCUUUGACGAGGACGACGAAGAUGGGUUUCGCGCGGGGAAGUACGCAACGGAACUGGACACCCCGGAACGAAGGUUAAAUUUUGCUCAAAAACUGCGAGAGGCAUUGCAGGACAAUAAUUCCGUUAGUACGGAGGAUAGUAAUUAUGCAGUAGGUAUUAGUGUGGCAGGAUCGCAACCCCAGGACCAAGAUAUUCGAGUACGAAGGGGAGGUUCGUGUGGGUUUGUCUUGGAUGGAUCGAUGGGAAGCACAUCGGAGGAGCGAGAGUGGUUCGACCGAUGCAAUCGAAGGCCGAAUGGAGUACUGGAGCGGAACGAAACAAACGAAUCGUCUAGGUACAGCUUUGACUCCGAUCUAGGUUCGGAGCUGGAAGAGGUUUACGAAAAGUUUGCCAAAUGGCUGGAGGAGCCCAUUAACAGUGACAAGCCAAAGAAGCUAGACGCACGGGACGAAGCCGUUCUAAGAUUUGCGAAUUCCCUGUUGAAACGAACGUUGAGUGAAAGUUUUGUGGGAAUGCCCCUGACGGAAGAUGGAUUAGUUGAUGACAAAGGAGCGGAAGGAACUGUGAUUAUGAGUAACGGAAACCAAAAGAAUAAGGUAGUGUUGAACGUAAGAUCUCUGUCCCUGGAAUUGGCGAAACAUAAACACAAACUUGCGGCUCAAUUGCGCAAUGAAUAUCUGGCGUUGGAGCCGGCCAAACUCUUCAAGUGUCCCAACAUUCAGUUGAAUCAAACUGACCAGCGGAAACUUCUGCACCGGUUACGCUCUAGCACUUCGAUCUGUUCCACAACGUCCGAUUUGCGUCCUCCGGCGGUUCCACCGAGGGCUAAAAGGCGGACCCGCCGAAGACCGGUUACUGAGAUGCAGCGCUCGUCACUGAAAACUCGGCUGCAAAACUACAAACCAAACUGGUCCGUUUCCUACUACCAAGAUGUAAAAUGCGAUGAUGUAACGUUGAAGAUAUCACAGUUGGCGCAGAAACGGACCUUUAAUGUCAACUUACGGCCGGUAGCCACCGGGAACUGGGGUUGCGGUGAUUCCAGACGAGGUGACGUUCAGCUUAAAAUGGUUAUCCAAUGGAUGGCAGCCAGUGUUGCCGGUUUGCCGUAUCUAAUAUACUACACCGCUGGAAGUGAGAAACUUUCCAAGCUGGACACAAUCUGCCGGAUUCUGAAGGAUCGCAAAUGGACCGUCGGUGAGUUGGCUGCCGCAACACUGACCCACGCGAAGGACAUCCUGGAGGAUCCACUCUAUUACAACAACGAUCGGAGCUACUGUUCGUUUUUCGACAAACUGAUCGGAUUGGAACGGGGAGGGCAAUGAAAUAAGGACACUCACUUCGGUCGCAACGGGUUUGCAGAUGAGGACUGAGAGGACAGAAAAAAAACAAAAGACAGCCGUCGAGGGCGAAUAUUAGGUGCACAUUUUCAACCAAGCACAACCGAUAGAAAUCUCGUAAAACAAAAGCAAUAUUUUACUGUUUUAUAGGAUUUUAUAGGACAGUUGAAUGUUAGCGAUGGCAGGAAGAAACCUAGUUUUGUAAAUACCCUAAACUCAUACACAGAUUGCGUUGGUAAAGUCUUCCUUCGAAGACUUAAAAUUAACAUGUUUACAUGCGCGCAGGUAAAAAUGUUUUUUUUUUGUACAUAACAGACAAGAAACAAGAAUAGCUAGACAUCAUAAAAGACUUUUCAUGUCAACAGUACUUAAUAACACUUGAAGCAUGUCGAAAAGAAAAGUCUUCUUGUACGUUCUAUGCAAAAUUGUCGAUAUCCCAAGUAUAGUAUAAAUUAACAAGUAAUGUCAACUGCUUCCAAUAUCGCAAGACAGAGAGCCAAACAUUAUAUAGUUGUAAGGAACUAACACAUUAACAUAUAUUAUUAAUCAUUUAAGGUAGUAGAUUUAAUUAUAAAACGAUAUCCGAUGAUUCAACAAAACAAGCAGUACAUAGCACAGUCUAGUGGUAAAUACAUACUUCUAGAAGAGAAAAAAUGUAAAUUAACAACGGACGUUUGUGAAACUUAUACAAAAAUCAAGUUUUAUAUAGAAUUAUUAUACGCUUACCAGAUGAUGGAGAGGUAAUAAAUAUAACGUAUUGAGUAAACACACGCGAUCGAUGUUUGAAAUA